GGGGGCUUUUUUAAGAUGAUUUUGGUGGUGAUAAGAAAAACGUUUGUAACAACGUAUCUCUGACUGGCUGCUGCUGCCUUUGCCUUCAGCUGCUGUCCCCUCACUGUGCUCCACAUGGUGUCUGAGGAACUGGUGUCACGUGACCGGCAACUGACCCUCCUGCCCGAGCUCGGGAUGGAAUUGCUGUCUUCAGGAGUUGAGCCGAUGGCACUUGGCUCCCCAACAUCUCCAAAACCGGGAGCUAGUGCUCAGUUUCUUCCUGGAUUCUUAAUGGGUGAUUUACCUGCUCCAGUGACUCCGCAACCACGUUCAUUAAGCGGCCCUUCAGUUGGUGUAAUGGAAAUGAGGUCUAUGCUACUUGCAGGAGGAUCUCCCCCACAACCAGUAGUUCCUACGCAUAAGGAUAAAAGUGGUGCUCCACCAGUUAGAAGCAUAUAUGAUGAAUUAUCUAGUCCUGGACUUGGAUCAUCACCACUAACCUCAAGACGACCAGGCAGCUUUUCUCUAACACAGAGCCCAUUGGUUGGAACUAUGCCAUCAACUCCUGGAACAGCUUCAAGUAUGUUCAGUCCUACAAGUAUUGGGCAGCCUAAGAAGACUACUCUAUCUCCUGCUCAGCUAGAUCCUUUUUAUACUCAGGGUGAUUCCCUAACUUCAGAAGAUCAACUCGAUGACACAUGGGUAACUGUAUUUGGAUUUCCUCAGGAAUCUGCUUCAUAUAUUCUUAUACAGUUUGCUCAGUAUGGAAACAUAUUAAAGCAUGUGAUGUCCAACACAGGAAACUGGAUGCAUAUUCGAUACCAGUCUAAGCUUCAAGCCCGUAAAGCCUUAAGCAAAGAUGGCAGAAUUUUUGGUGAAUCUAUUAUGAUUGGUGUCAAGCCUUGUAUAGAUAAAAGUGUGAUGGAAAACUUUGAAAGAAGCUCUACAUCCUCAAUAUCUGCAGUUUUCACUCCACCUACGAAAUCCACUGGCACACCAGUACAACCUGCAAAUAAUACUACAAGGAUUUCUACAAUGAGACCUCUUGUAACAGCAUAUAAAGCUUCCACUAGUGACUAUCAGGUGGUUUCUGACAGACAAACUCCUAAGAAAGAUGAAAGUAUUGUAUCUAAAGCAAUGGAAUAUAUGUUCGGCUGGUAAUAUACAAGAGGAAGUAAUGCUCUAAAUUGGCCAGGGUUUGAAAUAUGCUACUGGCAUCCGUGGUUAGUUAUAUAACUACUGGUGGCAGUAUUUUAACUUCCAUCUCACCUGUUAUGCCUUCAGUUAAUUCAGCAGACAUGUAGCUUGCACUUUAAACAAUGGCUAUGUACACACAUUUUUAAAAACUGAGUAAGUGUAAAUAUAAGUGCUUUUUUUCCCCAUUUGUGCUCUGAUUGCAUGAUUGUAGAAAAAAUAACAGCACUGACUUUUUUUUUUCCCCUCUGUAAUUAUUUUCUGUGACUUACUUCCCAAUAAGUUUAAAUGUUUAAAAUGGUGACUUUAUUUACUGAUGCCUUUAAUUAUUUUUUUUUUCCUGGAAAGAUGAUGGGCUCCUUGCAGGAAGAACACUAUGCACAGCUGGCUCUCAGAGUCAGGGACUGUUCUUAGUAAAUAUAAUUGUAAUUUUAUUAGGAUUCAUUGCUGUUUUAUAAUUAUCUGUGGCAUCAUGUUCUAAAUGUCAUAGCAACAUUUUAACUCUUCAUUUUAUUAAUAAAGCUAAAUAAAGUUAA